CAGCAACUCACGACAUUCGCUCAGUGUGUGUGUGAGACAUCAACUGUGCGGUGGUGUUGUUGACCAGCAGCAGCAGCAGCAGCAGCAACGACAACGACAGCAGAAGCGUCGGCAGUGCGCAUCGUUGGCAACUGCAAUUAUCGUUGUCGCACCGUGAGCAAACACAAGGCACAAAUACGGAGAGAUAGCAUUGGCCUAAAAGCGCCCAGAAAUUAUGAAUUUCAUUGGCGCUGUAGGAGGUGAUGGUGGCGAUGAUGGCGAUGAUAAGGAAAAGGCAGAGGAGGAGGAGAGAGAGCGUCAGGAGGCCAUACGUGAGGCUGAAGAGCGACGCAAGGAGAAGCAUCGUAAGAUGGAAGAAGAGCGCGAAAAAAUGAGACAGGAUAUACGCGAUAAGUACAACAUCAAGAAAAAGGAGGAAAUUGUCGAGGCAGCGCCACAAGAGGAGCCCAAUCCGCUGAUGCGAAAAAAGAAGACGCCCGAGGAGUUGGCCGCCGAGGCAGAGCAGGAAGAGCUCGACGAUUUUACAAAACUGAAAAAUCAAAUAGAAACGCAAGUAAAUGAGCUAAAAACUCAAAUAGAGGGAAAAUGUGUCAUGCAGUGAUAUGUCAGUCAUCAUAAAAUAAUACAAAUGAAAAACCGAAAAACAAAAAUGAAAA